GUCAUUGUGCGGCUAACUGCGGUUGAGACUUUGGUCUCUCCAUCUUGUGCUCACUCACUCUGCUAUAGGGCGCGGCUUACUCUCGAAUCACAAAUACGUAUCCUUUACUUUCUACAGUUCUACUGAUCCUCCAAGAUGGCAGCUUUGAAAGGUCCCGGCGCUCCUCAGAAACAUGAUGGCUCCGGUCUGCGCAUCGCCAUUGUCCACGCUCGCUGGAACACCACCAUCAUUGAUGCCUUGCUCAGCGGCGCAAGGAAAGCCAUGCUGGACUCUGGAGUGAAGGAAGAGAACAUUGUUAUCGAAUCAGUACCUGGGUCCUACGAGCUCCCUCUGGCAGUCCAACGAGUCUAUGCUGCAUCUCAAAUACAAAGCACUGCGAGCACGGUAGCUGGCGGUGUGGGCAGUCUGGCGAGCGGUAUUGGAGACUUGCUUGGUGGGAGCAAUUCGACAACGGAUCUGCAAGGAAGCUUACAACCGGGCGCUCCAGAGCCAGAGAAAGACAAUCAAGCAUUGAGACAUGCCUUCGACGCCGUAAUAGCCAUAGGAGUGUUGAUCAAGGGAGAGACAAUGCAUUUCGAAUACAUUGCAGACGCUGUGAGCCAUGGCCUCAUGAGGGUACAGCUGGACAGCCAGGUCCCGGUGAUCUUUGGGCUUCUGACCGUGCUGAACGAGGGUCAGGGUCUGGCAAGAGCAGGUCUCGAAGGAGGCACCGGAAAGGAAGCGAAAGGACACAAUCAUGGAGAGGACUGGGGCAAUGCCGCCGUUGAACUAGGGGUGAAGCGAAGAGGUUGGGGUGAAGGCAAGAUUGCAGGUUCGUGAUGGACAUAGAGAAGUCAUUGCCGCUCGACUUCCAUAGGAUAUCCGAAUCGGGGGACAGCUCACUCGAUGCAAUUUUAUUCAUGCUGCGAAUUGCAUCCGGCUCAAAGAAAAGAACCUUAUGGAUGCCCGUCUCGAGUUUUGAGCCUGCUUCGCGCGUGAAUGCCAGACCUAUUUACCAUGUUGGAACGCCAGUAGUGCUACAGUACUCUUGAAAGUAUGCAAGCUUAUUACUCCU